GAACUCGACUCCCCGCUCAUCUGCAAUUCGAGCCCUCCCUCCUGGCAAUCCACACCUUUCAGAGCAGCAUGUCGCUCCAGGUCUCAAACCCAAAUAAUGUUAAAAUAUACUCGGUGACGAGUGGCGCCCGCAGCGCCAUACCGGACUGGCUGGCAAGGCGGAAUGCCAAGAGUUUGAAAUAUGACCAAGAGUGGAGAAAUCGAGUCGAGCUUAUCCAGGACUUCAAGUUUCCCGAAGCAUCCUUGAAGCUGAAGACCACCCGCGACGGGAACUUUAUCAUGGCAACAGGGGUUUAUAAGCCCCAGAUGCGCAUCUACGAUCUCUCUGAGCUGAGCAUGAAGUUUGACCGGCACACCGAGUGCGAGAACAUUCAAUUCGAAAUUCUUUCGGAUGACUGGACCAAAUCCGUACAUCUCCAAACGGAUCGUUCGAUUGAAAUUCACUCCCAGUUUGGACUUCAUUUUAAAACAAGAGUCCCAAAGUUCGGGCGAGACUUGGCUUAUCAUUUUCCAAGUUGUGAUUUGAUGGUUGUUGGCGCAAGCAAUGAAGUCUGGAGACUGAAUCUUGAUCAAGGCCGUUUCUUGAAUUCGUUCAGCACCGAUCUUCCUGCCAUAAAUGUCACCGCAAUCAACAACGCGCAUCAGCUCUUUGGAUUUGGUGGCGAAAACGGAAAAUGCGAGUUCUGGCACCCAACAGAUCGUGUCCGGAUAGGCAUCCUGGAUGUCUCGGAUCAUCUUGUCAAGGGCGACGCCGCUUUGGAGUCGUUCCCCGAAAUCACGUCGCUUGCGUUCCACAGCGACGGACUGACGUUCGCGGUUGGAACUGCAAGUGGCCAUAUUGUUACCUAUGACCUCCGGAACCCAGCUCCUCUCAUGAUCAAGGAUCAUCAGUACGGGUAUCCCAUCAAGAAAAUUCACUUCCACUCCAGUGGCAAUGUCCUGAGUGCAGAUACCAAGAUUGUCAAGAUUUGGAACAAAGACGAUGGCAAAAUUUUCACCAGUAUUGAGCCGCCCACCGACAUCAACGACAUGUGUGUGUAUGGAGACUCCGGUCUUGUUAUGCUCGCAAACGAAGGCGUCGACAUCCAGACCUAUUACAUCCCUCAACUUGGACUGGCACCGAGAUGGUGCCCCUUCCUGGAUAACUUGACGGAAGAAAUGGAGGAAAACCCCAACACAACAAUCUACGAUGAUUACAAAUUCGUUACGCGCAAAGAGCUAACACGACUCGGCCUCGAGCAUCUGAUUGGAACGAACGUGCUCAAGGCAUAUCUUCAUGGAUUCUUCGUCGAUCUCCGGCUCUACGACAAGGCCAAGGCUAUCGCUAACCCGUUCGAAUACGAUGAAUACAAGAGCCGAAUGGUCCGUGAAAAGAUUGAGAAGCAGCGCGAGUCUCGCAUUCGUGCCACCAAGAAACUACCCAAGCUCAAUCGCAACCUGGCGACCCGACUGCUCGAGGGACAGAAGAAAAACGAAGACAGCACGUCCGAAGGGGCUGGCUUGCCGGAGGCCCUGGUGGACGAUCGGUUCGGUGGCUUGUUCACUGAUCCUGACUUUGAGGUUGACGAAGGCACCGACGAAUACCGACUCCGCCAUCCUAGCGAGUCUCAAAACAAGACCAAUCACUUCGAGAGGGUGGAGAGCGAUCAAGAAUCUGACGAUGAUCAAGUCGGCUUUGAGUAUGAGUACGAUCAAUCAGAAGGCAGCGGUAGCGACGAUAAUGGCGAUGGUGACAGCUCACGGGUGAUCAAGACCAAAGCCGAUCCUAUUAUCCGAUCCAAGGCACCGGUCCAGAAGAGCAGUGGCCCGUCUUUCUACGAGCUCAAGGAUGGCACAUCCAUGACUAGAAUCGGCGAUAGUAAGGCCCUCGCCCAGCUGGAGCUCAAGCGCCAGCAGACUUUGGAGGAGCGCGUCGGUUCUGAGAACUCUAGCACUCGCAACUUCAGUAGUGGCCGGAAAACUGGAAACCUCUCCAUGUCGUUCAAGUCGGGAAUGAGGCGAAAUCCGGAUUCUAGCGACCGCAUCGACCGCGAUGCUCCAAGUGCUCGGGAGCGCAGAGGCGUGGGAGACUUGAGUCUUCCCAGAUCAGAAGGCGGUAGAGGUAGUCGUGGUGGUCGUGGCGGUCGAGGUGGUCGUGGCGAUCGAGGUGGUCGAGGUGGUCGAGGUGGUCGGGGUGGUCGAGGUGGUCGGGGUGGUCGUGGCGGCAGAGGCUCACGCAUGUAGGCGGCAUACCUGCUUCAGCCAAAAGGAAGGGACGAUCCAUCUCUUGCGCUCAUGAAGGCUGUGCGCAACCCUCCGUCUGGAAAUGCCAGGCUUCAUAAAUGCAAUAUCCGCAAAACAUGGUCAUCGCCACAG